UGAUAUCAGCUAUAACAUUAAUACUCGUAAGUCGUAUAUCAUGAGGAUGAGAUUUCUCCAUUAUCUCAUCACGUGUUCAUAUUGACAGAUAGAACAGAUUUUUUAGGCUGCGUUCCGUUUUAACACUCACGCGCUGUAAGCAUCAUUUGUCAUUUAAUAUUUGAUAAAUAACAAUGAUAAAAUGAUUUCAUGAGCGCUGUAAGCGUCGAAAGCGUGAAUACACUGAAUAUAGAUUAUAGAAUGCAGCCUAACCUCAACAAUCUUAACCUCAAAAGACAUCGCUUUUGAAGUUUUCGAAGUUAACUUUAGGUAAAAAAUUAUUUUUUAUGGCUAACAAUAAGUUUAGAUGAAUCUUAUUAAAAGAUUUCAUUGAAAUACAUCCGAGAAGUAUAUCCAAAAAAGUAAAACAUCUAACUAGAUCCGAAUCAUUUUGGCAUCAUUUUUAUACAAUGGACAACAUAUCGAUAGACGAAUGCGAGGACGAAUUAGUAGCAGAAAUUACGAAGUUGCGUGAAUUACUACGCAUGAAAGAGGCUAAACUAGCUCGUUUGCGACACGAGAAGCAAGUCGUGCAGGAAUACGGUUUAAAUAAUGAUGAAAUUUGUAGAUACAGCCGGCAGCUCUUUUUGACAGAAGUUGGCGUGAAAGGGCAAAAGAAGAUAAAGGAUAGCUCCGUACUUAUUGUAGGAGCUGGUGGUCUUGGUUGCCCUGCAGCGUUAUACUUGACAUGUGCUGGCGUUGGCCACAUUGGCAUAGUGGAUUAUGACGAUGUUGAAAUAAACAAUCUUCAUAGGCAGUUAUUGUAUACAGAAACAAGUGUUGGUACCGCCAAAGUGAUUGCAGCAGCAGAAAGUCUUAAUCGGCUAAACAGUUAUGUAAAAAUCACUCCAUAUAAAAUUCAACUAGACAGUAAAAAUGCUUUGGACAUCAUAAGGAAUUAUGAUAUUGUAAUAGAUGCUACAGACAAUGUAGCUACUCGUUAUUUGUUGAAUGACGCAUGUGUUUUAAGUGAUAAACCACUGAUUUCCGGAUCUGCGCUGAGAUUCGAAGGACAUUUAACAGUAUUUAAUUACAACAAUGGCCCUUGCUAUAGAUGCAUAUUUCCUGAACCACCACCACCAGAGACUGUAACGAACUGUGGAGAUGGAGGUGUUCUUGGCGCAGCUGUGGGCACAAUUGGUGUAUUGCAAGCACUGGAAACAUUGAAAAUAAUACUUAAUAUGCCCGAUGUAAUUUCGGGACGACUUUUGUUGCUUGAUGGAAUGGAGACUAAAUUCCACAAUGUACGCUUACGUCCAAAGAAUGCAAAUUGUAUGAUUUGUGGAGAACAUCGUGUUAUACAUGAGCUAAUAGACUAUGAACGAUUUUGUGGCGCAAAGGCUAAUGAUAAAAAUCCUAAUUUACAUUUAUUAAAAAAAGAAGAAAGAAUAUCAGUUGAGGAAUAUAAUCGGAUCGUGGAAAUCGAGUCAAAACCUCAUCUACUAAUCGAUGUACGUUCACCCGAAGAAUAUCAGAUCUGCCAUUUACAGGAUUCUAUUAAUAUUCCUUUCACGCAGCUUAACAAGGAUCCUAAUUUAAAGCUAAUAAAGGAUAACAUAAAGAAAGCUCAAGAAGAGCAUCAUUCAGUAGAUUUAUAUCUCCUGUGUAGACGUGGUAACGAUUCGCAAAAGGCUGCUCAAUAUCUGAAAAAGAUAUUUACUGAAGAUACCAUAAAAGUAAGAGAUAUAAUUGGAGGUAUCCAUGCUUGGAGUAAUAAAAUUGAUCAAAAAUUUCCUAAAUAUUAAAUGAAAAUAUUGCACGUUGGUAUGUGAUAUAUAUAUAUAUUUUUUUUAUAUAUCUUAUUGAUUAUCACCAUCAAGAUAACAUAAUACAAAAACUUAUUACAUUUAUAGUUUUGUAUAUAUAUCGUUAUCGAAAAUAUAUAUAUCUCUUAUUUACAUAGUA